UACCCGCACAAAGAUAUCGAAAGCAAGUGGCAAGCAUAUUGGUCUGAAAAUCAGACGUUUCGGACGCCUGACCAAGUUGACACGAGCAAACCCAAAUUUUAUGCAUUGGACAUGUUCCCUUACCCGAGUGGCGCAGGUCUUCAUGUCGGUCAUCCCGAAGGUUAUACUGCGACAGAUAUUAUAGCGCGAUACAAGCGCAUGACUGGACACAAUGUCCUUCAUCCUAUGGGCUGGGACGCUUUUGGCCUACCUGCUGAGCAGUAUGCGAUCGAAACCGGUACCCACCCAAGACAUACAACCAAUACAAAUGUUGGAAGGUUCAGGGAACAGCUAAAGUCUCUAGGGUUCUCGUACGAUUGGGAACGCGAAGUCGCGACAAGUGACUCGAAGUACUACAAGUGGACCCAAUGGAUUUUCCUACAGUUGCUUGAACGAGGUCUGGCGUAUCAGGCUGAGGUGCCGGUGAACUGGUGCCCUGCACUUGGCACUGUCCUUGCUAAUGAAGAAGUCAUCGACGGCCUUUCUGAGCGCGGAGGCCAUCCAGUGGUUCGUAGGCCUAUGAAACAGUGGAUGUUGCGGAUUACUGACUACGCUGAACGUCUUUUGGAUGACCUCGAUGGUUUAGACUGGCCAGAGAGUAUCAAAGAGAUGCAGAGAAACUGGAUUGGCCGAUCAGAGGGCGUUCGGUUAUCAUUCCGGCUUCCAGGCGCAGAAGAAAAAGUUGAAGUGUUCACAACGCGUCCAGAUACGUUAUUUGGCGUAACUUACCUUGUCCUGGCACCCGAACACCCACUUAUACAUACGUUGACUUCUAAAGAGCAGGCAGCGGCGGUGAGAGAAUACGUAGAAACAUCAAGCAGAAAGUCUGACCUUGAGCGUACAGACCUGGCAAAAGAGAAAACUGGGAUUUUUACCGGUGCUUAUGCGACGCAUCCACUUACAGAAGAGGAAAUCCCAAUAUGGGUCGCGGACUAUGUACUUGGAUCUUAUGGGACAGGUGCUAUCAUGGCAGUGCCGGCGCAUGAUGAACGCGACAACGAAUUUGCAGCUGCAUUUGAAUUACCAGUUAUACAGGUGGUUACGCCGCCCGAUGGUGACUGUACAUGCUACGCUGGUGAUGGCUUCAUGCAAAACAGUGCGUCCGAAGCAAUAGACGUAAAUGGUCUGACAAAUAGCGACGCAGGACAAAGGAUAUUGGAAUGGCUUGAAGAGAACUCAGUUGGGACCAAAACAAUCAAUUACAAGUUACGGGAUUGGCUAUUCGCGCGUCAGCGCUAUUGGGGAGAGCCAUUUCCUGUUGUUUACGCAGAUAAUGACCGAGACAAACCUGUUCCUAUCCCAUACUCUGAUCUCCCACUUACCCUUCCAGAAACGGACAACUUCAAACCGAGUGGAACAGGUGAAGGCCCGCUAGCAAACAUAUCUGAAUGGGUGAACACAGUUGACCCAAGAGACGGGGUCAGUGCUGCGCGUCGGGACACAAACACAAUGCCCCAAUGGGCAGGUUCGUGUUGGUAUUACUUGCGCUUCAUUGAUCCCAUGAACGAUGAUGCCUUUGUGGACGGAGAUCUGGAAAAAUAUUGGAUGCCUGUCGACCUCUAUGUUGGCGGUGCAGAGCACGCAGUACUUCACCUGCUUUAUGCUCGAUUCUGGCAUAAAGUACUGUAUGAUAUCGGUGCCGUUAGUACGAAGGAACCCUUCCAACGUCUGGUCUCUCAGGGAAUGAUUUUAGGAGAGAUGAGUAAGAGCCGUGGAAACGUCGUGAACCCUGAUGAGAUCGUCAGGGAUUUUGGCGCAGAUUCCUUGCGUUUAUACGAAAUGUUUAUGGGACCUUUGCGUGAGACAAAGGUGUGGCAGACAAAAGGCGUUGAGGGAUGUAGUCGCUUUCUCGCACGUGCAUACCGUCUAUUCGACUCGUACACGGACGAAACACCCAGUGAUGAUCAGCUGAGAGUUAUUCACAGGUGUAUUGCAAAAGUCACCGAAGAGACAGAGAACAUGCGGUUCAAUACAGCUAUUGCUGCAAUGAUGGAAUUCACAAAUGCUGCCACAAAAUGGGAGCGGCGGCCUAAAGUUAUCCUAGAAUCCUUCGCAUUAUUGCUUGGUCCGUAUGCUCCUCACCUCUCUGAGGAGCUUUGGGAGCGCCUGGGCAACCAGAGCACUAAUGCCUAUGAGACAUGGCCAGUUGCAAACACAAAGUACCUGAUGGAUGACAAUGUGACGCUUGCAGUCCAAGUCAAUGGGAAAAUGCGUGGGAGGAUUGAGCUCGGGAUGGAUUCACCCAAGGAAGACGCGCUGGCCAUGGCUAUGCAACAAGAUAACAUUUCAAGGUUUGUGCCUGACAAAACGGCCAUCCAAAAAGUCGUGUAUGUCCCAGGAAAAGUUCUAAACAUCGUCGCGCAGCCUCUAUAAUUACUCUUGGCACAUGUCUGCACCUUUGUAAUAUCUUACAGAAUCAAGCAGACAUCCGAUCCCAAGUUCUAUUUAACUUUUUGUGAUGCUUUUACGGAUGAUCUUCUGCAUCGAAAGGCGACUUUUUCCAGGUGUACUUCACAUUCAUGGCAAAUAAAUCUUGCAUAUAACUGCGUUCGCAAUUUACAUUAUGACAUUGACAGGGUCAUCUCUCUAUCAAACAUUGCCAUCUGCUCCAAUAUCGCUGCUCGUUUUCCAUACUCGUAGGGUUCCCGAGGAAGAUAUUGCCGCUAGGACAUUUGAGAACGAAUGGUGGCAAAAGUCAUUCACUUCGACAUCUUGAGUUCGCAGCACAUUCACUAGUUUUCCUGAGCUUGCGUUGAAUGAACAUAUAUUUCCUUCUUC